GAUGGCAGCGCCCACGAAACGCGAAUGGCGGUUUUGUUUACGCUGAGCCGUCGUUGAGAAGACGCAACCCGUACCAACGCCCGUGCGCUCGCACCGUCACCGUAUACAGGUUUUCCGCGUCAGUCCUUAUUAUAUUGAAUUAUCAACGUACCCACCCUGCGUUUAUGGAUGACGUUUCGAAGAACUGCUACAGGACGGAGAACCUCGUCUAUCAACACGCCGGCCGUUUGCGCGGUCUACGGCUGAAGGAGCAUCGGCUGCCGAGACGAUAUAUUACUGUUUCACAACUUCCCACGUAAGAAAAAACAAGCUGCUCAGUGGAUCGCUGCUAUGAAAGGAACUAAUCUCAAGCCUUCGAUUACCACUGCUCUCUGCUCAAAACAUUUUCGUGACAGUGACUAACAUCAGAGUUAAUCGCUAAAACGUUAUGGGAACACCGGCGAAACCUGCUCUACUUAGGCCUGGCGUGGUGCCGUCAAUCUUCGUAUAUGAACGGAACGAAUCGCAGGAACCGAAAACAGAAUUCUCGAAGAGGCCAGAACAUGAGUUGCUCUCUGGAGACGUAACCAUCGGCCGCAGGCCAAGACAGAGUCAUUGUAGCGAAAGAGAUCAUGAUGACAUUGCAGUAAAGCCAGUACAUCAGGCAGCAGUGGGUCUGGCUUGUGAGUUGGGACAGGCUGCAGAAACAUCCCCAGAGUCAGCAUGUGAAUUCAACCAUGUUGCACAUAAAUUGGUUCAAGUGCGACUACCAACCAGCCAGAAAGCAUCACAAGCAAAUGGAAUGAAAAUUCUGUCAACAAUUGCUACACAAACAGAACCAUAUGCUGUUUCUUCAGGCUCCUUGUCUUUUGCGUCCUUGGAACGGUCCUCUUCCUUGGCAUGCGUACGAGGCCGACUCCAGUCCUGCCAGCAGUGCACCUAUGUGACCCUGGACAAAUCGACUAUGAAGAGACACCUUCGGAAACACAUGGGCGAGCCCCCCUUACAGUGCCACUUGUGUCCAGCUGCAUUCACUCAGAAGUCCAAGCUGGUGGCUCACGUGCGCACUCACACAGGAGUGCGUCCCUUCUCCUGUGUGCACUGCAAUGCGUCCUUUGCGCAGAAAAACAGCCUGGUGAGACACAUGUACACGCACACUGGAGAGCGUCCAUUUUCCUGUGGCCGCUGCAGUGCAUCCUUUAUGCGACGAAACGACCUCAAGAGACACAUCCGUAGUAUCCACAAAGGAGAGCGCCCUUUCUCCUGUGUCCACUGCAAUGCGUUCUUUGCGCACAAAAACAGCCUCGUGAGACACAUCCGCAUGCACACAGGAGAGCGUCCCUUCUCCUGCGUCCACUGCAAUGCGUCCUUUGUGCGGAAACACUGCCUUGUGACACACAUCCGCAUGCACACAGGAGAGCAGCCCUUUUCCUGCACCCGCUGCAAUGCAUCCUUUGGGCAGAGAAAGAGCCUCGUGAGUCACAUGUACACGCACACUGGAGAGCGUCCAUUUUCUUGUGUCCACUGCAGUGCAUCCUUUGUCCAGCAAAAUGACCUCAAGAGACACAUCCGUAGUAUCCACACAAAAGAGCGCCCCUUCUCCUGUGUCCACUGCAAUGCGUCCUUUGCGCACAAAAACGGCCUCAUGAGACACAUCCGCACGCACACAGGAGAGCGGCCCUUUUCCUGUUCCCAAUGCAAUGCGUCUUUUGGACAGAGAAAGAGCCUCAUGAGACAUAUGUACACGCACACUGGAGAGCGUCCAUUUUCUUGUGUCCACUGCAGUGCAUCCUUUGUGCAACAAAACGACCUCAAGAGACACAUCCGUAGUAUCCACACAAAAGAGCGCCCCUUCUCCUGUGUCCACUGCAAUGCGUCCUUUGCGCACAAAAACAACCUCGUGAGACACAUCCGCACGCACACAGGAGAGCGGCCCUUUUCCUGUGUCCACUGCAGUGCAUCCUUUAUGCAGCAAAACGACCUCAAUAGACACAUCCGUACUAUCCACACCGAAGAGCGCCCCUUCUCCUGUGUCCACUGCAGCGCAUCCUUUGUGCAGAAAGACCGUCUCGUGAGACACAUUCGUAUUCACACAGGAGAGCGGCCCUUUUCCUGUGUCCACUGCAGUGCAUCCUUUGCGGAGAAAGGCGGUCUCGUGAGACACAUCCGUAUCCACACAGGAGAACGGCCCUUUUCCUGUGUCCACUGCGGUGCAUGCUUUACGCAGAAAGACCGUCUCAUGAGACACAUCCGUAUCCACACAGGGUAGUGUCCAUUUUCCUGUGUCCACUACAAUGUAUCUUUUUCACAAAAACAUGACCUCACAAACGAUAGGCCUCAUCAUCAUGGAAACGAGAAGCGAUAAAUGUGAGGGGCAUACAGGCUUGCCUUGAAAGGCCAUUAGACAACCCUGAGGUCUAAAAUUUGUAAUGUAAAAAUAACAGCAUGUGUACAACAUGAACAUGCUGCUACAAAAUUUUUGUAAGUGCUGUAUACAGUAGGUUACAUGGUAUAGAGCAACCUGCUUCGGCUGGUUUUGGUUUCUCGCUCAGCCUUCCAACUCUCAGCGAACAGGUGUAGGUGUAGCUCACUGUCAGGACUACACCAACUUCGAUAACGUAGCGUGAUGUCAGAGAUUUCGUCAGCGGUGCUCAGCCAAUCACCAAGCAAGAAUUCCUCUAUGUGUCCUUUGUUUCAGAAUGGCUUCAUCAAGAAGUGCGAUGUGAGGAGUGCAAGGUGCUGUUGAGGUAUACAAAUAUGCCACCGCGCAUGCGCACCUUCUCUAGCGGUAAAUUCAUGAAGCGCCUAUUCAUCUCCUAGACUUUCAUUUUGGAUAUAUCAGUUGUGCUGGUAGUCCCAGCCCUGAUCAAAAUGCCAGAGGGCAGCGCAGGAAAACAGAAAUGUGGACUGCGCAGCCAAAACUGCAACUCCGCAAGGCCAAGGCGCUGUUUCAUAGUGCAGAGGACCAGUUGACAAAGUAGGUGCUAGGUAAGACUGACUGUGGACACUAUUACGUCACUUUGUGUGAGAAGAGGACUGGGCUGGCACUGGAGAGGGCUAUGGGAAUUUUUUUUUUUUUUCGAAGUGGUGUAUCAGUGCGCAUAGGCGUAUCUACCGGGGGGGGGGGGUGCAAUGGGGCGCUGCCCCCCCCCCCCCAACUGAGGAAUGUUAGGGGGGCAGAGCCCCGCCACUUUCGACAGAGGUUAUUGUGGGCUGCAGACUGGGAAACUAACAAGUGAGGCAAAGUUUUGCUUGAAAGCAGCAAUAAUGUAAUUAUGUAAUAAAAUUUGUCCUACGAUUCUGCUAUGAUGAUUGUCCUCCGUGUGUCAUGACCAGUCAUGAUAAUGCAUUGUAGGCUCUCUGCAGUGCGGGCUGCCUAUCCUACGCUUUUGCGCCUUGCUCUCGAGCAUUGCAGAGAAGGCUAUCGCUCAGCUGGGGCUCUAUAACAUUACAGCAGUCCGUCAUGAUUUUAUUUUGUUCUGCCUGGCCUGGAGUUUAAGUAAUCGGUGAUGCAAAUACGGGUGGGAACAAGUAAGCAUUCUACAGUCCGAUCAAACGGUCUCCUUUUUCAGGAAAUUUAGUUUUUUUUUUCAAACCGAAUAACA